AUGAAAGAAAAAUUCGAAAUAAUGGCGGACCAGGAGCAUUACAGCCUUCGGUGGAACAAUCAUCAGAACCAUAUUUUGCGAGCGUUCGAUACGCUACUUCAGACCAAAACACUGGUAGACGUCACACUUGUUUGUGCCGAGACGAGCAUCCGGGCGCACAAGGUCGUCCUGUCGGCUUGCUCGCCCUUCUUUCAGCGUGUGUUCUCCGAAACGCCCUGCAAGCAUCCUGUGAUAGUGUUGAAAGACUUUCGAGGAUGGGUCGUGCAAGCAAUUGUGGAUUUUAUGUACCGGGGCGAGAUCAGCGUUCCCCAGGAACGGUUAUCCGUCUUAAUACAAGCGGGAGAAUCACUACAGGUGCGAGGGUUGGUAGACCAUCCAGUUGCCGGUAAUACCCCAACUCCGGCACAAUCGCCGGAGGAUUUCAGUCUACUUGACUCGUCAAUGAUAUCACCGACCUCCCCGUCUCUUCCAUCGCCAAACUUUAAUAACCUUCAUCACGCCAGACACCCGCAUCAGAGUUCAACUGCAACAAGCAUGCUGAGUACCAGUACUCCAAAGUUACUGCUGCCACCGCAGGUAUUCGCCGAUCCUGCUUUGAAUCUUCCGAACCCAGAUAUAUGCACCUCUCCUAUGCCGCGACGAAAACAGGCUCGUCCCCGAAGACGAUCGGGGGACUGCGCCCCUCAAGACCUGACAAGCAAACCCGCCACUCCGGUACCGCACUCUAUGGACGGUAAGGAAGUCGAUGAUAACAACGAAAACGAACGUGAAGAUGAGGAUGAUCUAGAGGAUGAUGACGAGGAUAUCAAAGAAAUCUUACGAAGAAGUGAAAGUGAAGACCGAAAAGAGCCAACUGUGCAUAAAACUCCAAGCAAAACCGAAGAAGACAUCGAAAAGGAAAGUAAAAACAAUUCCACAGCGUCAACGGUUUCUUUGUCCGCACUGGAAGGCCCAGAAAAUCUUUGCAUGAAAAAAUCCUCAACCAUCGGCUCAAAUUCUAGCAACUCUGGAAGUCUGACGAACAGUAGCGGCUCUCACAAAGAAGGAAACUCUCGCCUAUCAGAUCAAUCGAACGCAAAGGAUAGCUCGCUUGAGCCCACCAUUGGUCGGCUGUCGCUGAAAGACAUUCGACACCUGAACCGCUCUUCACUAGUCCGAUCGAUGAGUUCACUAUCGCCACCACCGUCGUUUCAUCUGAACAACAACCCACCUGCAGGCCUUGGGCUUGCCGAAAAACGUGUCAAAUUGGAAGACCGCGACGACGACCGGCUGGGAGACGACGACGGGUCCCAUUUUUUAGACCACAUGGAUCUGGCCCUGGCCGCCCACCAGCAUCCGCUGGCCCAUCUUUCGCAUCACAAUUCCUCGCCGCAGCUGCGACCGCCGGGUUUAACGCCGGACGGUGACAACAACAACAGCAGCAGUAGUAAAAACAACAACAGCCACAGCGGACCCGGCGGUGGUGGUCUGCAUAGUCGCGGCGACGGCGGAAACCUCGGUCCGUCCGGUGGUGGCGGCGGCAGCCUGGGCAAGGAUCGACCCGGGCCGAAGGAUUUUCUGCACAGCCCAACGUUGAAUUUUCCUCCGUUCUUCAACCAAUCGGACGGUCCACCGCGGCCGCCGCACUCGCCGCUCUCCUUUCCGCACAUGCCGUCGGUUUCGUCGCUGACGCUAACGCCACCGCACAUGUUCGGUUUGGAUUCCCCGCUUGGUCUGUUCCCUCCCGGCAUGGAUCCGGGCAAGAUCUACAGUCCUCUGAUGGAGAUGUCCGACCCGCGAGGAAUGCAUCAUGACGGACCACCAUUUCUGAAAAAGAAACUAAACCGACCAAAAGGGCAGCACUCGGCUCCUCGAGGGGGUCCACCGCGAUCGUGGACGAACGCCGAACUGACGGAGGCGCUGCAGCAUGUGUGGAACAAAAAGAUGACCACCAGCCAGGCGUCGCGGAUCUUCGGUAUCCCGUACAACUCACUGCUGAUGUACGUUCGGGGAAAGUACGGCAAAAGUCUAAAGUUGGAGCAGCUGCGAAAAGACUGCAUUAGUGGACCACCUAUCGAGCUGCUGCAGAUGGGUAUGAACAAUAACAACAACAAAGACAAGAAGGAUGGCUCCGAGAAGGAUCUGCCUCAUCAUUCGGGCAACGGUGGAGGCCCGAGUGAAGGGCGAUCCGGAAGCGGGCCAGGAGAUCAGCGCAGUGGACCGCGCUCGGCUUCGUCGGAACCGGAGCUGCUCGGAAGUCCGAAUCCUUUGUUUAAUCCAUUCCCACCGGGUUUCUAUCCGGAUUUCCCCGGUGGCUUUCCAGGCUUGCCGUUGAGUAUGCUAAAUCUCCUGCCUCCCGACCGACAUGGACCCCAUCAUCAGCUGCACCAAAUGGGCAUCGACGAGGACUGCAAAAGCGACCGAUCGAAGCAGUCUAUGGACGAUGACUUCCCGCAGCCUCUGGCGUUGAACCGGUCCUCGUUAUCCGCGGGGACACCUGGCGACGGUGGACCUGGUGGCCAUCCGGCCGACGGUCGGAGAGAGAUCUACCAGCAGAAUGGUCAGGACUAA